UGAACUGAGCUGGGCUGCUGACGUCACGUUGUGUGGCAGCGACAAGAACGCCGUGCUGUGUCUCGUGUCACAAUUAAUGCGUCAAUUAAAGUGGUGAAAUAAGACAGAGGAGGGCGGAGAGGGCUGAAACUCAUACUGAGUUAAUCCGCCUGCAGGCCUGACGACUCCGACACUGAGGGAAGAUUUCGUUUCGUCCCUUUAGAAAUAAAAUUCAAGCACGGCAAUUUUAGAAUUAUAAUAAUAAUGAUGAUGUCAAUAAUAAUAUUAAUAAUGAUCCUUAAUUAUCGCAAAUAUUUAUGCAGUCUAACUGUGAGAAUAAUGUGUUGCGUAUUCACGAAAAACUUUUAUUUAACCCAGUGUCACCAUUAUCUGCAAAUGGCUUGACAUGCCAUGAUGAUGGCUUGAAGAGAAAAAAGAAAUAAGGACAUAAUUUGGGACAAUUUGCCUAAUUUGCCGAGCAGAGGACAUAAAUGCCUCUGUUGUGUCCUAAAAGCUUCUCCUUUAAGCGCCUCUAUUCUGACUGUUUAUGGGCCGGGAGCAGGCUAAUUGCUGGCGCGGCGCCGUUAUGGCGCAAAUGCCAAGUGCUUCAACGAGCAUCACAGGCUUAAUGCUUUAUAAUUAAUUUAAUAUUAAGGGGUAGCCGAAUUUCUUUUAUAAAUAGCGACGAGCGAUUCUCCAUCAUUAUGAGAGGAGCGUCCGCUGGGGCUGACUCCUCUCUGGCCGGUGCUGCUUGGUUUAAUAACACAAACACACGCGCAGAACAUAUUCAUAGUCUAAUAUUUAAGCUGCACGUCGGCUCACUUUGAAGCAUCUCAGCUGGUGCGCGAUCCUUUUCGUUCACACGUCAUUCCGAGGUUGUUUUCUGCGAAGAAAACACUAAUCUGAUUUUCCACAAACGCCCCUGACGGAGAUGGAAACAGUGCUUUUUCUUUUCUUUUUUUUUUCUUCUUCUUCUUUUUUUUUUUUUUUUUAAAGUUUGAUAUAAAAAUAAAAGUCAAAGGGUCUCGAGCCUCUCUGUCCUCUAAUCAUAUUAAUGUCAUGUGUUGCGUCUCCCGCGUGUUUACCAAAAAGCCUUCUUCCCCCCUCCUGAGCUUGACCUCCCAUUUUCUACUGGCUGCAUAAUAGCGCGGGCUGCAGCUCGGUGUGGGCCUAUACUCCACGAGCGUGCGGAGCCCGAAGGUCUUUGGAGGAGUGUGUGUGCGUGCGUGCGUGUAUGCGUGUGUGUUCGUGAGAGAGAGAGAGAGAGAGAGAGAGAGAGAGAGAGAGAGAGAGAGAGAGAGAGAGAGUGAGUCGAGAGAUACACUGUAUAGGGCUACAGAGGCGGCAUCAGACUUGAGCAAGGCAUUUUUUUUUCUCUUUUACCCCGACAAACCUUCAGGGGGCUUUUAGCAUUUGUUCAGUCUGCAGUCUCUGGAAAACAUCUGAUUCAUUUUUUAAGCAGUCCCAGAUGCGGCAGUGUGAGAGUGUGCGUGCGUCAGCGUGAGUCUGUCAGUGCAUGAGAGUUUGGGGAGAAUAUCUGCCCGUCUAGAGAGAAGGGGAGGGAAAGAAGAGUCGUGUGGAUUUUUAUUUUUUUUUUUAAUAUAACUUUUUUUUUUUUUUAGGUAUGAACGCAGCGUGCGUCUCAUACUGCGAUAUGACAUCGAUGGAUUCAUAUUAUAGCACGUCCACUGCGCAAGGUAGGGAUCACCAGGCGAACCCGUUCAGGACUUUCCCGACCACAGAGACCAAAUACAGCCCCACGUUCAUCCCGGGGAAAGGGCAGCCUUACGGAGAGAAGUCCCGGAGUCCCUUCCAGCCGGAGUGCCAGUCAUUGGAUGGCGCCGAGGAGAGCACCUUCAACAAAUACCAGCUCUUCAUGCAGCGGCCGACCUGCAAGACACCGCCCGAGGGCAGCAAGCUGCACCCGGACAGCGGGCUCAACGGGACGCUCAUCCCCUGCUACGGAAAAGACAACAGUGGCCUGACAGAGUCUGACUUGCCCCAGAGCGUCGACCCUGCUGGGAUGGAAGGCAGCUACCUGAACCUGAAGGCACCCGGCGAGAAGGGGCCGAGCGAGCGGCCAGGCUCGGAUCUCUCCAGCCCUCUGGACAAGAGUGAGGCUGAGAGCAACAAGGGCAAGAAGAGACGCAAUCGCACCACGUUCACCAGCUACCAGCUGGAGGAGCUGGAGAAGGUUUUCCAGAAGACACACUACCCAGAUGUUUAUGCCCGCGAGCAGCUGGCACUGAGGACGGACCUGACGGAGGCCCGUGUGCAGGUAUGGUUCCAGAAUCGCAGAGCCAAGUGGAGGAAGAGGGAGCGUUUUGGUCAGAUGCAGCAGGUCCGGACACACUUCUCUACUGCAUACGAGCUGCCCCUACUGACUCGGCCUGAGAACUAUGCACAGAUCCAGAACCCCACGUGGAUAGGGGGCAGCAGUGGAGCGUCUCCAGUGCCGGGCUGCGUUGUGCCCUGUGACUCCGUCCCUUCCUGCAUGCCUCCGCACCCUCACGGUCCAGGAGGCGUCACUGACUUCUUGGGCGUGCCCAGUCCAGGAAGCAGCCACAUGGGACAGACGCAUAUGGGCAGCCUCUUUGGAGGUCCUGGGAUGGGCGGAGGGAUCAAUGGCUAUGAUCUUAAUGCUGAUCCAGACCGCAAGUCCUCCAGCAUAGCUGCGCUGCGCAUGAAGGCCAAGGAACACAGUGCAGCCAUCUCUUGGGCUACAUGAUGCCCCUGCCAAGUUCCACCCU